AUGUCUUCAGAGAAAAUCUUCACAGAAGGAGAGGGCUGCACGUCCUCCUGGCACCACGCCAAUGCAGGCUACGAUGAGACGGACACCCACUUGGAAAUCUUGGGCAAAACCGUCAGGAGAGGUUGGGAGACCCCCUACAUGCACAGUUUAGCUGGAGUGGCAGCAAGCAAGGGGGGACGUGUGCUGGAGCUUGGCUUUGGCAUGGCCAUAGCAGCUACUAAACUGGAAGAGUAUAAUAUAGAAGAGCACUGGAUUGUGGAAUGCAACGAUGGAGUAUUCCAGCGAUUACAGGAAUGGGCCAAAAAACAACCUCAUAAGAUUGUGCCACUGAAAGGGCUGUGGGAAGAUGUGGUGCCCACUUUACCGGAUGGACAGUUUGAUGGUAUUUUGUAUGACACCUAUCCUCUGUCUGAGGAGACAUGGCAUACACAUCAAUUCAACUUUAUCAAGGCUCAUGCUUACCGUCUGCUCAAGCCUGGUGGAGUCCUUACAUACUGUAACCUGACGUCUUGGGGAGAAUACUUGAAGACAAAAUACAGUGAUAUAGAGAAAAUGUUUCAGGAGACUCAGGUACCUCAGCUCUUGGAGGCUGGAUUCAAACAGGAAAAUAUCAGCACCACAGUGAUGGAUCUUAUCCCUCCUAAAGAGUGCAGAUAUUACUCCUUCCCUAAGAUGAUUACACCCACCAUUAUAAAGGCUUAAGUACAGCAAGGAUUUUUCCAUACAGUAGAAAACCUGCGGUCACAGCAGCCUUCCUUCCUACGCUACCCACUAUGGGAGAAGUACCAGCUCUCAUCCAGAAUGUGAUUACCCUGUCUUGGGAGUGGCACAGGGCACUAGACUCUGCAAGACAUCCACAGCAAUAUUUGCACUGUAGGUUCUGCCAAUGUGUACAUGUGAAGUAUGUAAAGUGUAUGCUGAAUAAAAUUGGUUUGUUUUAGA